AUGUUGACAAUCGGCCGCGUUACCACGAUUUCAAUUGGACAUGUAGCCGUCUCGCGCACUUUGAGGGUGAGGGGAUUCAACACCACCCGAUUAGCCCUUUCGCCUCGCCCAAGCUUCUGUAACGUCAAUGAGCCUGUGACAUACGCUUGGAUCCUUGAUAUGAGACUGUGGGGAUCAAAGUCGCAAUCCAGUAGCUGCCCUUUCGAUUUUCUGCCGUCUUCAGGCUCUUCCUCUGCGGUGGUAACCAUGGUGUUGCACUCUUGUCCUGUCUCUGAACGGAGUGCCUUAGCAAUGACUUGGAGAUGA